CACAGGCACUGAGUCAGUGCAGGAGGAAGUCAAUGCGAGAUGGGUCUCCUUAUUAUUCUCCUCCUCACUUGCUUAUCUGCUGCUGCUGAGAGGAAUCCUAAGUUUCUGAUCACCGCUCCCAGUGAGGUCCACGUUGGCCAGAACGAGACCAUCACCGUACAGGUCUUCGAGUCUUCUUCCGAUGUUUGGAUCUCCGUGUACUUUGAGGAGCAGAUCACAAAUGCCACCUUGUCUCGGGUGUUCUCAAGAAAGCUCAGUUCGGAGAACAACUUCACCCAAAUAGUCCACAUGCAGAUCCUUCCAAAGGAGACCCUUCACCUGAACCUGAACGAGGAACAGUAUGUCAGGAUUGUGGCUAAGAUGUCUUCACCAUUGCUCGUGACAAAAACAGCUUUAAUCCGCCUCAAAUCCAGACCUUAUUUCAUUUAUAUAGCGACUGAUAAACCCGUAUACGCUCCUGCCGAGACUGUGCAUUAUCAAAUUUUCACACUUGAUCAAGAUUUGAAACCAGCAAAAAGCUCGGUUGCAGUUGAAGUAUUGGAUGCGAACGGCAGUGUUUUGUCAGCUGUGGAUAGACCAACUGUGGCCCAGUCAGUUCACAUUGGCGAGAUCAACAUUGGACUUGAAACGCACGAAACGUAUCAAAUUCGGGCUAGGGUGACAAAGAACUCCGAAUACUACGGAUUAAAGAAGUUCCAAGUUCGGAAAUACGAGUUUCCCAAGUUUGAUCUACGGAUAACCCCAGACUAUGGGUACUUCAUGGUGAACAGUGACACAUUCUCACUAACUAUCCAAGUGGCGAAUAAAAUGGACGCUGCUUUGAAUGCCAAUGUCACCUUUGGGAUAUCUCUGCUCUCCGGUCGGAAGGUACAUUUACCAGAACUGGAUCAACAUCUGCAGGUGAGGAAUGGAAGUGCCACUGUGAUCCUACGGAAGGCAGAACUACUCCGCAGCAUACAGAAGGUUGGAAAAAUGGACAUGUUCAUCGGCGGCACCUUGUACAUCGCGGCAGAGGUGUCUGACGGCAGUAAGUACCUCCCUCCCCCAAGCUGGUACCCACACCUCUCCACGUGGCACCUUCACUUACGGGCCCAGAGACGCAAGGGUCCGAUUGCCCCGUGUCCCAGAUAG